UCAUGGUGGAGAAGGGGGAGGGCAAAGCCCACUCAUUCAUUUUCCAGGUGUCCUGAACACAGGUCAUUCUGAAUGAUGAACCCCAGGAAGAGUACCACCCGUGGAGGAAAAGAUACCCCUUCUUGGAGAGUUGGAUGGCUAAAUAAUACCUUUAGUAUCUCAGGUUUGCCUUUUGCUCCUCUAACCUAAUUCGAGUCUCCAUUCUCAUCCCAUUUCAGAGACAAAGCUGGGAGUCUAAUCCUUUCAGAAAUAGGUAGAAGUGGGUAGCUGAGGUAGCUAAUGAGAAGAUUCCCUCUAUCUGAUCUGUUCUAUUCUGUUCUCAAUCUCUACCAGGAUCUUCAUUACCUCCUACCCCAAUUUACCCCACAUGGCUCCCCUCAGAACAAACCUAACACAUCAGCAAACAAAACCAGAACCUGAAGGAGAGUCCCUCAGCCUGCUUUCCUUGGAGAGCACUGAAUCUGGGAGUCGGUAGAUCUGUGUCCCAAUGAUAAUAAUUCCGACAUUUACUAGCUUUAUUAUUUGGGCAAGUUUAGACUAAAGAAAAAGGGUUUAUAGAAGUAUGCCAAAGUCUGUCAUGUGGAAGAGAAGUUCUUCUUGGCCCCAGAGGGCAAAACUAGAAAGUUGCAGAAGCAGUUUUCUGCAGGAGGUAAGAAAACAUUAUCUGGCAGAGUUAUCUUGAAAUUAAAAAAAUAAAAUAAAAAAGGAAUGAUCUGCUAUGGGAGGGAGUGGGUUCUACUUCACCACAUAUUUACAAGCACAGAUGAGAAGAUCUCCAGCCCAGUGUACUGUAGGAUUCCUUCUCAGCUAUGAGUCAGAUUGGAUGAUGUCUGAGUUCUCUUCCAAAAUUGAGAUUUGGUGACGACUUCCCCAAGCCUCACUUUGCUUGUCUAUAAAAUGAACACAUUAAUACUUGUACUACCCAUUUCACCAAGUUGUUGCAGAAAAAAGACUUUGUAAACACUGAAGUGCUUAAUAAGUAGAAUUAUUUUCAUUGUUAUGGUAAGAAAGGCAAAAUCACAGACCCUCACAGACUCAAGUUGCUUCUGGUAAACUAUCCAAAAAAUAGCGUGGAUGUCAAUCUCCAAAGAUGUCUCUGCUGUCCACUUGGGGAAGGGGUCAUCCUCGGCCCCCCUGCAGCUGCUGGCCUUGGCAAGGAAUGGAUCCCCUGGGAAGGAAUAUUUAAAGUGCUGCUGACUCCACUCCCUGUCUGUCCAGAGCUGAGUGGGGAGGAAGCCAUUACAGGGAAGUGUGAAGUGUAAGGAUUGGAGCUGAAGAUACAGAGAGCCUGAGUGUGGAGCCUCCAGGUACAAAUCAGAGUCCAAAGCCACCAGGAAAACAGCUCUGAAGGGCUCUACUCAUUGUCACCAUGACUACAACAAUGCACCGACAGCAGAUGGUAAAGGAACAUGUAUCCAUGGAGUUCUCCAGUUCCACCACCACCAGUGUACAGACAUUCUCUCAGAUCACUAAGGUGGUGGGAGAGGAAGUAUCUCGGAAGUCUUCGAGCCAUGUGGAAUUCUUUAGUUUGGUUACCCGAAGCUCGGAAAUCCCAGCAGGUGAAAGCGUCCCUGAGUUUGUGGAGAAACCCAGCCCUGUCAGUUCUCCAGAGGGUGACAAGGCUGUAUUCCGAGUCAAAGUUCAGGGCAACCCCAAGCCCAAUGUCUCGUGGAAGAGGGAGAGUGGUAUUCCCAUCAAGGAAAGUGCCAAAAUAUUCUAUGACAGCAUCAACAAGGAACAUGUGCUAAAGUUAGAACCACUGACUUCUGAUGAUUCGGACAACUAUAAAUGCAUUGCAACCAAUGAGCAUGCUGAUGCCAUCUACACAGUGUCCCUAACAGUAACUGAGAGCCAAGAAAAGAUGGACUUUAAGAAGAUGCUGAAAAAGAGGGCACCCCCUGCUCCCAAGAAGAAGCAGAAGAAAGUGAAGGAUGAGAAGGAGAUGCUGGAGAUCUUGUCCAAGGUUCCUAAGAAGGACUUUGAGAAGGUCUGCAUGGAGUAUGGCUUCACAGACUUCCGAGGACUGCUCAAAAAGCUCAAGGAGAUGAAAAAGAAGGUGGAGGUGGAGAACAUCCGAAUCAUAAAGCCGCUGGAGGACGUGGAAGCCAAAGUGGAUAGCACAGCGGCCUUUGACUGCAUACUGGAAUUGAAGGACCCCAAUAUAAAGAUGAUAUGGAUCAAGGGAACAGAGCCUCUGAGAAUCCAGUACUCCCUGGGCAAGUAUGACGUGAAGCAGGUGGGAACCAAAUACAUGCUGAUUAUCACCAAUGUGAACAUGAAUGACGCUGGUAUCUACACGCUAUCUGUGGGUGACAAGCGGCUGAGCGCGGAGCUCAUUGUUCUUGAUGAGCCUCUGAAGUUUGUCGGGGAGAUGAAGCCGAUGAGGGUCACCGAGCGCCAGACAGCAGUAUUUGAGAUCCGCCUGUCCAAGAAGGUGCCCGACUUCGUGUGGAAGUUCAAUGGGAAGGAACUGAAGAGGGAUGACAAAUACGAGAUCUCCGUGUCGGAAGAUGGGCUGACCCAUACUCUCAAGAUCAAAGACGCAAGGCUCUGUGACAGUGGGGAAUUCUCUGCUGAGGCUGGGGGACUGGUUCAGAAGGCUCCUCUUACCAUUGACCGCAUUCCCAUCAAGUUUGUGAGCACUCUGAAGAACGUUCGUGUAAAGGAAAGGAGCCGGGCCUGCCUCGAAUGUGAACUCACAUCCAAGGAUGUCACCUUGAGAUGGAAGAAAGAUGGGAAGCUGCUUGAGCGUGGGGCUAAGUACAGCAUGAGCCAUGAAGGCAAGAGGGCAGAGCUGGUGAUUGAGGAUGCCCAGCUCAGCGAUGGAGGAGAGUAUACCGUGGUGGCUAUGCAGGAUGGGGACCCCACAGAGUACUACAGCACUGCCAUUCUGACUGUAGAAGAACGUUUGGCCUCCGUGAAGAGCGGGAUGUCAGAUGUACAUGCAGCUACGGGUUCUCCGGCAGAACUGUGUGUCGUGCUGAAUGAUGAGAAGGUGGAAGGAGUUUGGCUAAAGGAUGGCAAAGAGAUCACAGACUUCAGUGGGAUACAAAUUGUGAAGCAGGGGGCCGUCCACAAACUCAUCUUCCCCAACAUGGGCCCAGAACAUGAGGGCAAGUACACAUUCCGGGCCAAAGGCGCAGAGAGUGAGGCUUCUGUCUUCAUCGCAGACCCUCCUGAAAUUGACCCAUGUGUGCUGGAGGCACUGGCUGCACACCCUGUCACUGUGAAGGUUGGCCAGACAGCCAACAUCAAGGUCCCGUUCCGGGCCAAGCCAUUGCCCAAAGCAACAUGGUACAAGGAUGGAGUAGAAGUGACCGAGGAGGAGCACGUGAGCAUGGAGCGGGGAGAAGACCAGGCGCUGCUGACCAUUUCCAACUGUGUUCGUGAGGAUAGUGGAGUUGUCCUUCUCAAGCUUAAGAAUGACUAUGGUUCGGUCACAGCCACCCUGCACCUGAGCGUACUUGACCGGCCAAAGCCUCCUCAAGGUCGUGUAGAGUUCCUGGAACUCUCUGGCAACUGUGUCCAUAUGAAGUGGAAGGCCCCAAAGGACAAUGGAGGUCGGCCAGUGACACAGUUCAUUAUAGAACGAAGAGCAGUUGGGAAGAAAUCUUGGAUCAAGGUUGGGGAGGUCAGCGGCAAAGUCACCAACUUCUCCACCAACAAAGUGGAGGAAGGGAAAGCUUAUCAGUUCCGAAUCCGAGCUGUUAACUCUGAGGGUGUGAGCGACCCACUGGAGACUGAAGAGGUCUUUGCAGGAAAUCCCAUUGAGCCACCUGGACUAUCCUCUCAGCCACAAGUUUCAGAUGUGACCAAAGAAGCAGUAACCAUCACGUGGAAUCCACCAGCCCAAGAUGGUGGAUCCUCAGUACUUGGCUACAUUGUAGAAAGAAGGAAGAAAGGGAGCAACCUAUGGGUGCCAGUCAACAAGGAUCCCAUCCAAGACACUAAAUGCAAAGUGGAUGGUCUCCUGGAGGACACUGAAUAUGAGUUCCGUGUAAUUGCUGUGAAUCGAGCAGGACAAGGACAGCCAAGCAUGCCCUCCACUUCAGUGGUAGCCAAAGAUCCGAUCAAGCCUCCUGGACUGGUGCAGGGUUUACGUGUGGCCGACUCCUCAAAUUCCAGUAUUUCCUUGACCUGGCGGGAGCCUAUAGAGGGGGACCCUCCUUCUGGCUACAUCCUUGAGAUGAGGGCAGAGGACUCAAAAGAAUGGUCCAAGUGUACAAAGAUCCCCAUCUCGGGCACCUGCUACACUGUGGGAGGUCUGACAGAGAGACAGAAAUACUUCUUCCGUAUCCGAGCUGUAAAUGAAGGUGGUGUUGGGGAGCCUGUUGAGCUGGAUGAGGGUGUCCGGGCCAUGCCUCCGCCAGAGGCUCCCAGAUUUGAUCUCAGUGCCCGCUUGAAGAGUCAUAUGGUGGUGCGGGCUGGGACGGCCCUGUGUAUCCAUGCUUCCUUCUAUGGCUCCCCUCCACCAACGGUGAUCUGGCAGAAGGACGGGAUCCCCACCAAGGGCCGAGAAAGGAUCACCAAAGGCAAGAACCACUCCCAGUUCCUCAUCAAUAGCACUAAGCGCUCCGACUCGGGGGUUUACAGCAUCCUGCUGCAGAAUGACUAUGGAGAGGCCCACUAUGACAUCCAUGUUCGAGUGGCAGAUUUCCCGCGGCCCCCCACCGACCUGAAGCUCUUCGAGGAAGUGCCCAACACGGUGACUCUGAACUGGAACCACAGCCCCGACGUGCAGGAGGACGGGGAGGCGCACUACGUCAUCAUGAAGCGGGACGCCAGCACGGCCACCUGGUUCACGGCGGCGGACCGGGUCUUCAGCAACAAGUACACGGUCACGGGCCUGCUGCCCGGGAGGAAGUACUACUUCCGAGUCCUCGCCCGGAACGAGAUCGGGGACAGCGACCCGCUCGACUCCAAGGACACGUGGCUGGUCAACAAGGAUGAGAUUGAAGACCUGGGCGCCAAGCUGCGCCCGUACCAGAAGAAGGACUGGCGCCACGCCCCGCGCUUCAUCACGCCGCUGAAGCCGCACACCGUGCUGCGCGGGCACGACUGCACCAUGAGCUGCGCCUUCCUGGGCAACCCGCGGCCCACCGUCACGCUGUACAAGGGCGACGUCAACAUCACCGCCAACUCCAAGUUCUGGUACAACUCCACCAGCGGCGUGUGCACCCUCAUGAUCCCCACCUGCACGCUCAAAGACAGCGGCGACUACAGCGUGCUCGUGGAGAACGAGCUGGGCAAGGACAGAUCCAGCUGCACCCUGACCGUCUAUGACAAAGAUGACAAAACCAUCCUGGCCUCUGUGACUGAAAGUCUGCAGAAGAAAAAGCAUCUCAUGUGAGGUCCAGUCCAAUUGUGGAUGCUAGGAUGGCCACUUCGAAGAUGGAAAAACUGUCCCUUCAGUGGAAAAUACCUACACAUCUACAUGUUCCUGUUGGUAAAGCUCUUGGUGAGGGAUUAAUUCUGAAGCAAUAAAUAAGAGACUUAUAUUAUUUCUUGCCUGAUACUUAAGUAGAAAAGUUCAGGGGAGGGGGGAAAAAAAAGCUUAAACUCCUAUCCUAUGCAACACAGUCAGAAAAGCAUUAUGAUAUUUGGGCUUGUUCCUGUGGCUGCCUCUUCCUCCUCCAGAGUUUUGUUAUACUUGUAGUCCAUUCCUGAGCUUCUGAGGGAUGGGAUUAAAUCAAACAUACUCCUUCCCAGUCAUAUUCAAUAAACAGUUUUAAGUACUUGAAA